ACAGCAACGAUCGCAUCCGUACUUCCGAGUCACGAAGCAAGAGGAGCGGACGUGUAUCACCAGUGCCUGGAGCACCAGCAACGGCAGUUGCUUGACCAUGCAAGCCGCGACUUCCUCCCUCCUGACCCCAACGUAUCCUAUCCGAAUAGCUGUAAUGGGAGGCGGAAAUUUCGGACUGGCAAUGGGAACAAUUUGUGCCCGGCAGGGGCUUCCCACGACGAUUUUGGUCCGGGACGAAGAAAUCGCAGACGCGAUCAACCGGGAGCACCGCCAUCCCCGUUACAUGAAAGACAUCGAACUCCCGACACGGCUACGAGCUACGGCGGACCCGAAUGAAUGCCUGCCGGAUGCGACCUACAUAAUACAUGCUGUGCCCUGCCAGUACUCGCGAAAGUUCCUUGAAAGCGUGAAGGACUAUAUCCCAGCCCAAACGCCUAUUCUGAGUGUGAGCAAGGGAAUCGAAACUUCCAGCAUGGGAUUUAUGGCCGAUGUGAUUCGGGAUGUCCUGGGAGAGGACCGACCCUUGGCCUUUCUGAGCGGUCCGUCGUUUGCGCGAGAGAUCGUGGAGGGCGUUGGUGCCACGGCCGUAGUGAUAGCAUCGGAAGAUCUUGAUCUGGCACGGGACCUUGCGGCAUUGAUCAGCGAUGGUCAAUUCAAAUGCUUUACGAGCACGGAUGUCAUUGGUGUAGAGGUUGGAGGAGCCGUUAAAAACGUCAUUGCUCUCGGUGCUGGAAUGUGCGAGGGACUCGGACUAGGUACCAAUGCCAUGAGUGGUCUGGUGACCCGGGGUUGCAACGAAAUGAGACGUUUAGGUAUGACCUUUGGAGCGAAAUCCAGCACGAUAGCUGGGUUGUCCGGUAAGUUACGAGACGUUAUUGGAAGAUAGAACUUGUAUUGUACUAUKGAUUGAACUGUGUUGGAGGUUUUGAACCUGUCUAUCGAGCAAAGUGUUACUGGCUUUGACUUCUAGAUAGCACGGGUCGAAAGUUGAAUAUUGUAAUGCAAUGCAACAGUCUAAUUCAUUGGUACCGAUUGAAAAUUAAAUGAACUAUUUUUAUUUCUAGGCGUUGGCGACACAUUCGGUACAUGUUUUGGACCGCUGUCGAGAAAUCGAAAAUUUGGUUACCGGCUCGGAAAGGGCGAGACUAUGCAAGAAAUUUUGGAGUCCACAAGCGAAGUCGCAGAGGGUGUAGAUACGGCGCUAGCCGUCGUUCGAUUGAUCGAGACAGAAUGCAAGGGAUAUCGGUUGGACCUGAAAUUUCCUAUUUUGUUCGGAAUAGCAAGAAUUUUGGAGGGCAAGAGCACUCCAUUGGAAGGUCUCGAAGGGCUCAUGAAUAUGCCUAUGCAAAUGGAAAACUUCGACGAGGGAAGAACAACAAGAUUUGCAAAAGUACGACGAAGGUCUCGAAGGAAGGUCAGCCAAAUGGAAGAAUGCGAAGAAUAAAGCGUUUUCAUCCCUCUCCUCUCCCCAAAUCAUUCUUGACCUCGAGCGCAACUCCUUGCUGUUUAGGAAAGCGCCAUUGGACGAAGGUUUUCAGGGAUUCAAACCUUGUAGGCUAUUCUGAAGUUUCAGUGUAGAGGUUAAUACUUGUCGACUUGUUUUCAGUUUAUCUUUGAAAGAUUAUUGACACAGGACAUACGAACCAAUUAAAAAACACAUUUGCG